AUGGCAACUACGUCGAAUUCCCGCCCACCAUCAUCCAGCGCUCUCCCUCCCAUCCCAGGGUCGCCAACAUAUUCCUAUGCCUCGACAAGCCAGCCUAUGCCCUCAAUUACAGUCGCGCCGCCUCCUCAACCGCCGCACUCCGUCCUUACGAAAGCAGACCUCGAGGCCUCCCAGACCGCAUACUCUGACCUCUUAUCCUCCGCAAAGGCAUACAGGCUAGCGCUCGCCGCCAUAUCCUCCUCUGCCUCUAGCUUUGGCUCCGCCCUCGAAGCCUGCGCGCGGCUAAAGGAAGCACGCUCCCCAUCCAUCGCUUCUUCGGAAAGCAUGUCCAACAGCUUCACAGUACACCGCGGACAAGUCGGGGGCUCCAGUUGUACGGCCGACAGUUUACUUGCUGCCAGUGGCGUCCACCAGCUUAUAGCCAACCACCAGCAGAUUCUGAGUGAAACCGUGUAUAGGAGUUUCGAGGUGCCGCUGCUGAGCGAGUUAGAUCAGUGGAGGCGGCGAAUGGAGGAUGAAGAGGAGCGGUAUCAGAAGGAGGCGAAGGUUAUGAGCCGUGAGAUUAGGAGGAUGGAGAAGGAGGGCGCGAGGUUGCAGUCUAAACGGAAGAGGGACGUAGGUGCGCUGAGGGAGUAUCUUGUGAGGCUUACGGGGCAACUUGAUGGGCUUACUGGACUCCAUGGAGCGCAUGCGAGGGGGCUAUUGCAAGAGGGCCAGGAGAUGAGUGUUGGCAUAGUCGAAUGCACAGCUGGUUUGGUUCGAGCGGAGGUUGACAUCUUCGAGGCGUUGGCGAGGAAGGGUUGGUCUGGUGGUGGCCUGGAUGAGCUCCUAGAGCGUGGACGAGAUUUAUUCGCCAACGACACGGACAUCGAGACAAAUCACGCGAAUAACCACUCUAAAAUCUUCAGCAUCCUUCCGCAAAAGAGUAUUCUCCCUGAAUCCAGCGGCCAAGAUGGCGGCAUGGGCCCUCCAUUAAGUGGCCAGGCAAGGAGCGAUAGCCUCCACGUAGAAGGAACCCCCUAUCAGAGCCUCGCCGGAGCUGUUUCUGCCCGGGACGCAGACGUAACUAGUAUAUUUUCUGAGGGAGGGACUACUUGGAAUGUUAGUUCCACCGGCGUAUUAAAUCGUUCGAGAGGUGUAAGGCCUUUUUCACCCCCUCCCAUGGAGAGGGUUACAGAUUGUGACCCGUUGGACCUACCGAGGCCGGGCGUGGAUUCGGACGAGCCACCAGAGAAUUCGGAUGAUGCUCUAACUCCAAGAACGGCGGUAGCGCACGAUGAGGGGCCUCAAGAUGAGGGGAAUAUGGAACCAGAACAGUGUGUGGCUCACCAUAGCGUCGAACAAUCGCCAUCUACCACUGGAGGAAAGCUGGGCGAUGGGUCUCAAGAAAUGGUUGUGGAAGAACAGCGAAUAAAUGUAGACGACAAUACCAUGGGAAUAGGGACGAGUAGUAGCCAACGGCGUUGGAGCGUUACGGAUGAUGGGGCAGUGUCUGAUUAA